AUGGGGCCGGGCGCGGGGCUAGGUACGGGGCCGGGCGCGGGCCAGGUACUGGGCCGAGCGCGGGCAAGAGACGGGGCCGGGCGCUGGGCGAAGGACGGGGCCAGGCGCGGGCUUGGUACGGGCCGGGCGCGGGCUAGGUACGGGGCCAGGCGCGGGCGAGGUACGGGGCCGGGCGUUGGGCGCGGAACGGAGGCCGGGCGCGAGGCUAGCGGCCCCGCCACCCUACCUGCGGCUUCGCCGCCUUACCUGCGGCCCCGUCACCUUACCUGCGGCCCCGCCACCUUACCUGUGGCUCGGCGGCUCGACUGUCCGGUUGCUCGGUUGCCCGGGUGGCUCGGCGGUGCUGCUGCAGGGCGGCGCGGCGGUGGGCUGCUCGGCUGGGUGAAGCGGGUCGGGCAGCUCGGGUGGCAGGCGGCGCUGCAGCAGGGGACGGGGUCGCAGAUAAGAGCGGCGGGGCCGCAGGUGAGAGCGGCGGGGCCGCCGGUGAGAGCAGCGGGGCCGCAGGUGAGAGCGGCGGGGCCGCAGGUGAGAGCGGCGGGGCCGCCGAUGAGAGCACCGGGGCCGCACGUGAGAGCGGCGGGGCCGCAGGUGAGAGUGGCGGGGCCGCAGGUGAGAGCGGUGGGGCCGCAGGUGAGAGCGGCGGGGUCGCAGGGAGGGGCGGCGGGGCCGCAAUUGAGGGCGGCGGGGCCGCAGUUGAGGACGUCAGGGCCGCAGGUAAGGGCGGCGGGGCCGCAGUUGAGGGCGGCGGUGCCGCAAUUGAGGGCGGCGGGGCCGCUGGUAAGGGCGACGGGCCGCAGGAAGGGCGGCGGGCCGCAGGUGAGGGCGGCGGGGCCGUGUAACGGGACGGCGGGGCCGUGA